AUGGAAUUACAACAAGACGGAAAGCUCGCAGAAACCGUCUUCUACGACAUCUCGGAGCGACUUCACCCACGUCCCAAACGCGACGUGUCUUUCUAUCUGGUCUUGGUCGGAGCAGUUCUACCCAUCUGGUUCAUGGUACCGCUUUCAUGGGCGUACGUGAUCUAUACUCUGCGGACCGGCCAAAUCUGGGCAUUGGGAUGGUGUGGAAGGACUCUGUUCAUCGCUGCGCUCUGUGAGGUAUUCUUCAACGUGCACCACUGCGUGUUGGCAUGGUACAUUGCUCCUUCUUCUUCGCUUCCUCUGCACAGUCUUGGGGAACUUCGUUCUGCGUUUAAACGCAUGUUACGCGCCGGCUUAGUUUCUUUACCUGAAGUUGGUUGUAACCAUGAGCCGUCAAAAUUAGCAAAGUCAACUAUCAGCGACGACUUCAUCCAUCUGAGGUACGAUGAUCCCAGGGCGGUCGACUUCCGCAACUACUUGAGGACAUGGUUUGGCAAGGUGCCAUGGUCAUCCAUACGCAGACACGAAUUUUACGCCUGGUUGUACUGGUCGAUUUUUAAUGCACGCUUCACGUCCUUCGAUCAAGUACCGGAACCACAUCAACUCGCUCUUCGAGAUGUUCUCCACAUGAUCGAGCUCCGUUCGGGCUCUACAAUUCCCGAGGGGUCUAACCCGGCUGCAAAGCCAAUCCUUCUCACAUUGGAUCCUGUUUGUGUGUAUUCGCGACCUUUGGUGUGGUAUGCAGGAGUUAUGGUCUGCAACCUCCUCUCGCGAGUAUAUCUCAUGACCCAGUGGGACGUAACGUUUGGCACAUACAACGGUCUUGACUACGUCCUGCGCGUGCCUCCACAUUGGAGUUCCGCUACUGGACCUCGUCCUGUUGUUUUCCUCCACGGCCUAGGGCUCGGGCUGGCUCACUACCAACCCUUCAUCUCACAACUCCUGCGAUCACUGCCAAAUCACCCAAUACUUAUUCCCUUACAGCCGCACAUAAGCCAGCAGAUUUUUCACCCGCAUUAUUUGAAGCCAAUGAACAGGCGCGUCAUGUCAGAGUGCCUCGCGGGGCUGAUGAACAAGCUGGGCUGGGUCCGCUUGGAAGAGGGAUGCCCCCAAUCGCUUCCGAAGCCUCAACCUUACACUCGGAAUGGGGAAAAAGUGACGCAGAUGCAAUCUCCCUUGGGUGUGACGAUGUUGAGUCAUUCCAAUGGUUCGUUUGUGCACGCGUGGAUGUUGAAGAGACAUCCAGAGUUGAUCACUCGUUCGUGUUUCGUUGAUCCUGUCGCAUUCUGCUCUUGGGAAGGAGACGUGUGUUACAACUUCCUUUACCGUCCUUGCUCAACAGGAAUCGACUUACUCAUGAAAUAUUACGUCGGCACUGAGCUCGGCGUCGCCAACGUCCUACAGCGACAUUUUGAUUGGUAUUCCAAUUCGCUGUGGUACGAAGAUAUACCAAAUGCGCUUGACCCCACGAAGACAAUGUUCUUCCUCGGCGGAAAAGACUCUAUCCUCAAUGCUAAGCGUAUCAAACGCUAUCUCACAGAACAUGGCGUGCUCAAAGGUCUCUGGUUUGAGCCUAACUUGCGCCAUGGACAGAUCCUACUUCCCAGUUCUCCCGGACAUCAUGCACUCCUCCGAUGGCUACAUAACCACGAAGUGCCCGUCGAUGCACCUUCACUCUCUUAA